UUGUCUGAUUCAUGAACAGCUCAGGUGUGCAGUGUAUAUUUCAGAAACCGAUUUAAAUCGUUCGAAUUCAGCUCCAGAGUAUGCAAUAAUAUCGAAAAUAAUGUGGAAUUUGAACAUUUCAAGCAGUAAAACUUAAACCGGUUUAAGAGUUGGUCUUUCGAUUAAUUGCGGUUGUUUCUUCUGAGUAUUACGGUAGUGGGCGGCACGUAAAGACGCGUGGACGCUGGACUGGGCGUGUCCUCUCUUUGUGAGUGUUUGUGUGCGGAACUCCUUCAGACUGACUGAACCUCCUGCUCCUGCUCCUUCUCCGGGUCCAGCGCCGGCUCAGACACACAGACAGACGCGGCUGGAGGCAGGGGGAGAGAAGGGGAGAAGAGUGGGUGGGUCACCGCUCUGUGAACCGCAUCCCCGCUGCUGCUGCUGCGCACCAAACGAGAACCAGCCACGAUACAGCUGGAUUUACCCGCGUCUGCUGCAUCUCCAGGGGACAAGAAAGUGGAAGAAAACCAGCCUCCACAGCAGGAGCCUGAGCAGCGGAGGGCUGAGCCGGCGAAGGCGGGAGGAACAGGUUUUGAGUCCGGGCAGCGGGGGUUCGCUCUGCCGCUGCGCUGAAGCUCAGUGACCGAGACAGCUGUCAACCUGCAGAAAUGCCACACAAGAAGAAGACAGAAGACUGAACCAAAGAACACGUCCGAGGAGCAGCAGAAGUGGAGUAAAGGACGGAAUAGUCAACAAAGGAGAAAUCCAGGGAAACAGAAGGAGCGGCAAAAAUGUAAGGACGUUUAUUCUGAAGGACCAGAAACAGAGUUCAGAUUGACACAGACAGACUACACACAAGGCACAAAAAGGCAAAGACCUGGCCGAGGCAGGAAAGGAUCUGGAUGGUCUCCACAACCCCAGUCAGCUGGUCACUCAUCCUCCUAAGAUGGCUACCAACUUCAACGACAUCGUUAAGCAGGGCUACGUUCGCAUGCGCAGCCGCAAGCUUGGGAUCUAUCGGCGCUGUUGGCUGGUGUUUAAAAAGUCAUCCAGUAAAGGACCGCGUCGCUUGGAGAAAUAUCCCGACGAGAAGACCGCCUACGUCAGAGCCAGUCCGAAGGUGAGACACGGAGAUAACGUGAGGAGCGUCACACGGCUGCCUCGUGACACCAAGAGACAAGCCGUGGCCAUUGUGUUCACGGACGACACGUCACGCACCUUCACGUGUGAAUCAGAGCUGGAGGCAGAAGAUUGGUUCAAGACCUUGUCAAUCGAGUGUCUGGGGACCAGACUUAAUGACAUCAGUAUGGGGGAGCCCGACCUGCUGGCUGCAGGAGUCCAGUGUGAGCACACAGAGCGUUUCAACGUAUUCCUCCUCCCUUGUCCCAACCUGGACAUCUACGGAGAGUGUAUGAUGCAGAUCACCCAUGAAAACAUUUACCUGUGGGACAUUCACAACCCUCGCACUAAACUGGUCACGUGGCCGCUCUGCUCUCUGAGGCGCUACGGACGCGAUGCUACACGAUUUACCUUUGAAGCUGGAAGGAUGUGUGACAGUGGUGAAGGACUCUACACCUUCCAGACCAGAGAAGGAGAGCAGAUCUACCAGAGGGUCCACUCCUCCACACUGGCCAUUGCAGAGCAGCACAAGAAAGUCCUGCUGGAGAUGGAGAAAAAUCACAGAUUGAUGUCUAAGAGCUCAGAGUCUGGAUCCUACCCCUGCACACCCACAGCCAUACUGCCCCGAUCAGCUUACUGGCACCACAUCACUGGAAACCAGAACAGCAUGGACCACGGUUCUGGAUCAGAAGACGACCUUCUCUCCACCUGUCUGCCUCCUGACCGCCAUGACACGCUGCCUCUGGCCAACACACACGAACGCUCCCUGCCACAUCUACACACCAACUCUCUCGCACAUUAUUCCACCUACCCUGGACUG